AUGUCAUCCCAGGAGAUGGACGAAGCGGAAAUCCAGCAAAGUGCCGGUACUUCCGCCACGGUUGCGGGUAAGAAGCGAAAAGUAGACGAGGCUGAUGUCGCAAGUCUGACUGAGUCACAAGGAGACGAAGAAACGCCUGCCGCUCCCGGAGUCACCAAGGAAAAAGGAAGAGCCACAGCCGAUCUUCACCAUGCCAUCCGCAGUUCCGAGGACGACAUUAUCGCUUCCAUGAAGCGAUGGGGUAUCAACUAUUCCAAGAACGCCACUCUGGCCCUCACUCACCUGGUCAACCUUGUUUUGGUCCUUUGCGGUAUUGACGAGUUGUCCAAGCUCAAGGCCAGUAUGGUUGUUCAAGAAGCGCACAUUGACAUUUCGAACCAAAACCUCUCAGACAAGCGGCUGGAAGACUUGCCAGGCGAAGAAAACCAUGACGCCGACGAGUACAAUGACCUCCAACGAAUUGUCGAUGUUGCCAUCAGGACAUGGGCUCAAACCUGCAAGGAAAAGUGGCUCAUGGAUCCUUCGCUCGCUGGCAAGGACAAUACAAAGACGACCACCCCUCCGGCUCCUUUGAUGAUACGUCUAUGCACAUCCUUGAUGCAAGGAAACUGCCAGAUGACAUCAUCAUCCACCGCCAAGAUUGCUGCAUUGGACAAGUCUAUUAUGGCAUUUGAAGCCGCUGUCCGAGCAUCACCUCAUUGGGACAGUCCUGAUUGGCAGACGCAAGAUCAACGGCGCCUAUUUCUACUGUCCCUCAUGCCAUUUGAUGAUGCCAUGAAUGCCAACAUGAAAAUUUCCACGUCAAUGGCAAAUAUUCUUCACGACAUGUUCGUAAGGGUUGCCAAGGGCAAGAAGGUAGAGCUUGGGCGGCUUACAGGCAUAAGCGACAAUGGCCGAUAUAUCCGCGGUCUGAUUUGGGGUGUCUUAAAGAUGGUCAAGCUUGUCCGCACAGCCCUUGGCGAGCCCACUCUCGCUUAUUUCACCACCGCUGACGUGAACCGCUGCCGUACAGCUGUCAAGCUGCUGUGGAUUGUUGACAAGAAAAUCAAGGAUGACGAGCUACUGUUGAAGAUGUUUCUCAGCGACAACCUUAACCUGGACCACCAAGAGACAGGCGUGUUGUCAAUCUUUCUGCAACAGUCGUAUCACGCCGUGUGGAAAGACGAUGGUGCGGUGGAGGAGACGAAAAGGUUGUCAAUGCGGACAAGAUUUGCCGCGUCGAGGACUGAUCUUGUAAAUACCUGUGGUACGAACACGGACGUUACCGUUGCCGUCUUCAGCAUUCUUCAGGAUCUUCCGCUAACCUUGUUGGUGAACAACGACCCAAAGACCUUUGGCAACUUUGCUGAUGUCUGCAUUGCCCAGUUAAAAAGAACAUACACAAGUUCUUGUGCUGCCGCAGUCUCCAAGGCGUUUGCGACAUGGGAAGCUGCCAUGUACUCUGUUGUCGGUCCCGAUAAGCAGCCGUCCCCGACACAACAAAACAUCAACAUUGCUCACGCGUACAAUACAUUACACAGCAAGGUCCGGGGUCUUGUAAAGGCCGGGGAGGUGAUGUACUUGAAACUUGGAAAAGAGGUCUGUGAGAGCCAGGCCGUUCAAUUGAUCAAUGCCAUCGAGUCCCUUGCGACCAUACUUAGUAACGUGGCAGUCGGCGACCAGGGUCUCGGACACGAGGAGUAUGUCAAAGUAUUUGGAACGACGGCCCAAGUGUUGGACAGGUUCAUAAAGGAGGAUGAGGAAAAGGAGCAGGACUUGGAGAAAAUCGUUCCUUGCUGUCUCUCGUUAAUGAAGGCAACGAUACACGGCGACGUGACUUCAACGACCCAGAGCACCCAAGGCGCCCAAGCCACCCAAGCCAAUCGCAACGGCUGGAUCAAUGAGAUGUGCAAGCACAUAAUGCCCAUUCUUACUUCCAGUUACAUGCCAACCGACGUGGUGCUAGAGGGGUUUCGAACUUGGAUGGACAUUGCACUCAUUAUGUCCGCCUCAACACCACCCACCCUCACAACCGACAACGAGGACGAGAUUAUAUUCAAUGACGGACUGAUGAAUUUGUUGGCUCGACAGGUGAAGAACGCCGUCGUCGAGUUAAUGUUGAGCGUGACCACAAGGGCGGGGGUCAUCGAGAAGGUGAUGCAUAAAGACGAGGAUUCGACGGGACGCGAUUCCUAUCUUGAGGUGGCGGAGUUCCAGAUCUAUCAGGAAUGUGCGGGGGGUUCGGCGGCCCAUCUGAUUGACGCAGUUAUCGCUGGAGUGCAGGCACGCCUGAUUGGUCUCGAGCCUGCCACCACCAUGCUGGCACACGCGAUGCCCCUCCAAUACCACUUUCAAAAACCCUUGGCCGAUCUACUGAACAGUGUCCACCUGUACACGUUCAACAGCACCCUCACCACGGACAAGAGGGUGGACGCCUUGGAGGACCUCAUCGAACUUGCCAGUACAUCGUUGCCACAGUCGUUUGAGUCCGAGGUCAGAGGAGCUCGAUCUCAUAGAGGUACGAAGAGAUUGGCUGCCAUGUGGUCGAAGGCGCUGAAAGAGAAUGCGUUUAACCCUCUCACAGCAUCGGGAUAUACGGAUGAAAAUCUGUCGACCCUGUACACGAAUCUGAUCAAGGCCGCCCUGCCCAAGAAAACAAGAGAAACAGAGGUUCCUUCUGCAAAGGACUGGGAUCUAUUUUGGGACACCCUCAAGGUCCUCCCCAUACCCAAGAACCCAACACGCAAACUUCUUACUCGCAUGGAUAUGCUCAGCAAGCUAGACCCCAUGGCCUCACCCGGUUCGGCCGAGUAUGUUGCCUUCUUCGUACAGUCCCAAACGGUUCCCGCCACGGCUGAGCAACAAACCAUACUUGAUAAGGUGGAUGAAUGCAACGCGCUGAUCCAGGAUUUACGACGACAGCGGAGUAAGUUCGACCCUAAGAGAAAGCACGAUGACCAAAAGAGACAGGAAGUGGACCAGGACAUUGCACAUAUAAUUAGAGAGAAGAGAACGUUCGUCCAAAAGCUGCCCCCGCAUCUGCAGGGCGAAGUGGAGAGUUCAGACAUCCAGGAGGAGGAGGAGGAGGAUGUCGAGAUGGAGGAAUUGUAG